AUCAGUAACAGUUUUGGAAUUUCGUUGCGAACAAGAAACGAUAAAAAAAACAUGUCUUAUAUUUUGCGUCUGUCGCUUUUAUUGAAUUUUUUGCAGCGCACGUUGCAGGUUUCAACGGCCAACUCGCCCUAUUACACGGCCGCAGUUGUCGAAUAUUUUCCUGUACAAGAAAUCGGUUUGUCACCGAAAGACAAGACUCUGAAAAAUGUUAAUAAUUAUUUAUCAUUACUUAAUGAGGUGACAGAAGACAUAGACAUAGUCGUGUUUCCUGAGGCAACAAUAACAACAGGAUUUCAAAACAGAAAUCGAACAAUUUUAUUAGCCCUUGCCACCAUAAUACCCGAUCCUUCAAAAAAUAUUGUCGUUUGUCACCAAACAAGCGAAAACUAUUCGCAAUAUUUGAUUAGUUUAUCGUGUGGUGCCAAAAAUCGAGCUGUAUACUUAGUUGCGAACGUUAUUGAGAAACGCAUUUGCACAGGAAACAAAUGCGCCUCAGAUAAUUGGGAUUUUUAUAAUUCCAAUGUCAUUUUUGAUAGAAAUGGAACCGUUGUCGGAAGGUACAGAAAAUAUAAUCUGUUUGGAGAAUAUACUCUCAAUAAAACGAGUAAAGCUGAACUUUCUCCGUUCACUACGGACUUCAACGUCACUUUCGGUCAGUUCAUUUGUUUCGAUUUGCUUUUUGAUACGCCAGCAAAUGCCCUUCUAAGAAACGGCAUUCGUGAUUUCGUCUUUCCGACCAUGUGGUUUUCAGAAUUGCCUUUCUUGACCGCUCUUCAGGCCCAGGAGCAAUGGGCAUACGAAAAUGAUGUUAAUUUUCUGGCUGCGGGAGCCAACAAUCCUGCAGUUGGAAGCGGUGGCAGUGCAAUAGUUGAAGGGUCCCGGGGAGCAAUUAUUGAAGACAUAAUUGCCCAAGGGGAUUCGAAAAUUUAUGUUGCUAAUGUUACUAAACGCACACCGCGAUCAUUAUUAACUAGCGUUGAAACUAAAAUUACAACUGAGGAAAUAGACAAGGUUGCGUUAACGUUGGAUAAUUUUUUUCUAUUAAAAGAUAACUUGACCGACUACGCCUUUCAACUUAUCAACACAACUACUACUACUAGCAUUGACAAAUCCUUAUGUCACGGAAGUGGCGAGAAUAUUUUGUGUUGUCAGUUUCGUGUUAACCUUACUGUGAACAGUGUCACUAAUGGUGCCCAAAAUUCUUAUAAUUACGCCUUUUUGGCAUUCAGUGGUGUCCGAACGUUUUCCGGUACGUACAACGGUGGCAUUGAGACUUGUGCCGUUGUAGCUUGUACGAAUAAUACUCCAGCAACCUGCGGUGUAAGAUUUUCAAAUUAUUCCACUGUUUCGUGGCCUAUCACGUUCCAAAGUAUUACAAUUAAAGGGAAUUUCUCGAAUGUUUUGCACAAAAUACAAUAUCCAAAUUCGUUAAGAAGUAAUUUGAGACCACUACCAACGACAAACUUUAAAUGGUCUUACGAAAAUAUAUCCCAAAUUAAUUCCAAAAAAAGAACAUUAGCAUUAAUUGAACCUGAGAAUCGGUUGAUAACAUUCGCAAUUUUUGGGAGAGAUUAUUCAAGAGAUAGCGAUCCACGGUUUAGUAGUUCUUCUCAUUAUUCAAUUAUUGCGUUGGUAUACUGCCUUUUUAUUACACUCUGCGUGCUUCUUUUUAAAUAAAAUGAAUUAAUUUUUUUUUGCCGAUUGCGCGUGUCUGUUCUAAUUUUUGUAUGUUUUCGAAGCAAAAGUCACACAUUAGACAAAUCUACUUUCAAUUUAAACAUAAAUAAUGUUUACAAUUUCAAGAGUUAAUUUUCCGACCAAAUAACUGUUAGCUGUAACCGUUGUAUUCAGUUUGUAGCUGCGGGUCGUUUGGUCUGAAAACUAAUUUUCGGACGAAAAAUGUGAAAUCUAUAUUUAAUUUUCUUGUUAAUUAUUGUUUUUUCUUUUUAUCCAAAAUAUAAUCAAUUAAUGCUCCAA